AGAGAUACUCUCCAUCCUCAGCUGGGAGGAGUGGAGCGGCUCUCUGAGCGUCACUAGCGGCUCCAGGGGAGACGCGGUGCUUCUCGUCUCCUUCAUCCUCAGGUUUCUAAGUUCCAUCAUGUAAACCCCGGAUAGGCGUCACUUUUUUUCGCAUGAGGUUUUCCGACGCAAACCGGGCGACCAUUAGCCGACAAACCAGGCGACCAGCAUCCGACAAACCAGGCGGCCAGCAGCCGACAAACCAGGCGACCCACAGACGGAGCAGAGCGGACAAGCUGGGGUCGGAGGCUGAAUCCAGCCCCUCUCUUCUGUCGCGAAGGGCAGAACUUCGCUGCAGCCUGCGAAGGAGCGUCGAUUCGAUUUAUAUCCACAUCCCUAAAGAACAGAGGCUCCAUCUAUGAUCUAUUCUAUCUACUGAAGAGGAGCAGAGAGCCGCGGCUAGAGGAUUCAGAGCCACUGGUCUGAGAGCCCGGAUCCGGACCCGGACCCGGGAUGAGACUCCAGCAGAUGUAGUCCGGAGGGAGAGACCUCCGCGAUGUUCACACCAGGUUGGGGUGGCCUGGAGCUGCUGCUGCUGCUGUGUGGCCUGGAGUUCUCCCAGCCCUGCCCGCGUCACUGCAUCUGCUACACCUCCCCCAGCACCGUCUCCUGCCAGGCCCACAACUUCCAGGCGGUUCCGGAGGGCAUCCCGGCGCAGAGCGAGCGCGUCUUCCUGCAGAACAACAAGAUCCAGCGGCUGCUGCAGGGCCACUUCUCCCCCACCACCGCUAUGCUGUGGCUGUACUCCAACAACAUCUCCUACAUCCAGCCCUCCACCUUCCAUGGCUUCGACCGGCUGGAGGAGCUGGACCUGGGGGACAACCGCCACCUGCGGGCCCUGGCGGGGGACACCUUCCGGGGGCUGGGCCGGCUGCACGCCUUGCAUCUGUACCAGUGCGGGCUGGUCACCCUGCCGGCCGGACUGCUUGAGGGCCUCAGCAGCUUGCAGUACCUCUACCUCCAGGACAACCAGCUGGAGUUCCUGGAGGACGACCUCUUCAUCGACCUCAUGAACCUCAGCCACCUCUUCCUCCACGGCAACCGGCUCUGGAGCCUGCGGCAGAACACCUUCAGGGGCCUGGGCGCGCUGGACCGGCUGCUGCUGCACCACAACCGGCUGCAGUGGGUUGACCGCCAGGCCUUCCACGACCUGCGGCGCCUCACCACGCUCUACCUGUUCAACAACUCCCUGACCCAGCUGGCGGGCUCCUGCCUGGGCCCGCUGGUCUCCCUCGAGUACCUGCGGCUCAAUGACAACCCCUGGGAGUGCGACUGCAAGGCGCUGUCGCUCUGGGAGUGGCUGCGCCGCUUUCGGGGCUCCACCUCCACGCUGGCCUGCCGGGCGCCCCCCGAGCUGGCCAACCAGGACCUGAAGGUGCUGAGGAAGGAGGAGCUCCCCAGCUGCCCCGCCGCCGAGGGCGCGAGCAGAGGAAGGGGUGGAGGAGGUGGAGGAGGAGGAGGAGGAGGAGGAGGAGGAGGAGGAGGAGGAGGAGGGGACCAGCAGGGGGAGACUCUCAACCACCUGAACCGCUACCGCAACCACCACAACCCCCACCAGCGGCCCUACCUUCCCCACGGCGACCAACACUUCCUGCCCUCCCCCUCCCCGCUGCCCCGCCCUCCCAAGUUGGGGAGGAGGAACUGCACCCGCCGGGGCCGCAAGGGCAAGGGGGGGGGCAACGAGGUGGAGGGGGGCGACAAAGACUAUUCCCCGGACGGGGGCAAAAACGACCCAUCGCUUCACCCCAGGAGGAAGAACAAGUGCAUCCCGAGAACUUCGGUGGACCCGCCCAGAGGGGUGCUGAGAGCCAAUAGCAGGGCACCACUGCACCUCCUUGCGUCUCCAUUGGCUGCGUGGCUCCUGUCGGCCGCUACUCUGAUCCUCUGCUGAGCGCCGUGGAGUGGUCCGACCGCGGACCCCGUCUGGUCCUGUGUUGGUUGUGUCUUAGUGACAGGUGUCAGCGGCGUUAUCGAUAUCUAGCGCAACACCACGUUUGAUACGACGAUCAAUAGAAGAGUUCCUGUCAAGAUGACUGGAGUCGAUUCAGAAAUGAGGUUGUGAGGGGGACAAAUAACUCUUAUUUUAAAACGUCGGUGGUACCAAAUCUGUAUAUCAUGUAUUUAACCCCUUAACCCCUCACACAUCACCUUGGCUUAAUGUCGAACAAAGCACAAUAUCAAUCAGGCAUUUGAGUGAUUUCCAUGUUUGCUCCUCUGAACGGGACGCGAUGCGGCCCUCCUGAUGCAUUUCUUCGCCUCUGUAAAUGGUCCUGUGUUGUUUCACCUCCAGCUGGCUGUGCCUAGUGAGACUUGAGAUCCGCCCCAUAAAGCACAUCCUCAGGAUGUUGGGCCGUCUACAGAACCAGCAGUACCUGGGCCUGCUGCUGCCACAUCCAUCACAGAGCCACGCCAGCCAGCGAGAGUGUGAGAGUGAGUGAGAGACACAGAGAGACAGAGAGAGAGAGCCAAGUGAUUCAUCAAUUAAUGUCACUAUGCAGACAGGCAGGAGUGGAUGAUGGUUUACUCCUCAGCCUGACAUCGAAUGUGAUAGAGGCUUGUUUAAGUGUCCUGUCAUUUCAAGUCCAACCAAAAUAAGCUGAGGGCCGAAGCCAACGAAGGAUUUGCCCUCACUCCGACCGCCGGCCUGUCUUCAUGGAGCCCUUCGGUGAGGGGGGGCUGACUGGCAGCAGGGCGUCCUGUUUGAGGGGAAGACCCCCGUGUGUUAGGGUUAGGGCAAACCCCAGAGUGUUUCUGGACCCCAGUGGGGGACGUUGUUCCCAGGGAGAGCAGGACUAGCAGGUCUCUACAGCCCACCGUCCCCCACAACCCAAAGCUCUUCGGCACCGGACAAUGAAGCACCUCUUUCACCACAAAGUCUUUCAGAUACAAAACUGAGAAAUAUAUAUAUAUAUAUAUAUAUGUAAAAAUAUAUACCGGAGAGAUCGAUUUUAUUUUUUGAUUUUUUUCCCGCUGGGGAUCACAAGUGCUGAAGUGUCUGCAGGACCUCCAACUGAGGACAGAGGUUAGGGUUACCUAACCCCACCUGAAGGCAGAGGUUAGGGUUACCUGACCCCACCUGAGGACGGAGGUUAGGCUUACCUGACCCCACCUGAAGGCAGAUGUUAGGGUUACCUGACCCCACCUGAAGGCAGAGGUUAGGGUUACCUAACCCCACCUGAGGACCUAGGGUUAGGGUUACCUAACCCCACCUGAGGACCUAGGGUUAGGGUUACCUAACCCCACCUGAGGACCUAGGGUUAGGGUUACCUAACCCCACCUGAGGACCUAGGGUUAGGGUUAUAUCCCUCAAGGAGAACCAGGAGCAAACUGCCAGUCACCAUUUUGUGUCAAUGUGGAGGAAGAAUACGUCUUUAUACAUAGAUCUAAAUAUCUAUAUCUAUAUCUAGACCUAUAUGUUUAUAUAUAAAUGGAUACAUAUCUUUUUAUAUAUGAGGAUAUCUAUAUCUUUAUCUAGAUAUAGAUAUCUGUAUAUAAGAUAAUAUAUCUAAAUAUAUCUAUAUAAGAUAAUAAUAUAGAUCUAGAUAUAACUAUAUAUCUGUAUGAAUAUUAUAUAUAUUUAAAAACUAUGAUCACGACUUGACUUGAAGCAACUCAAUGUAGAAAUGUAUUUAUACAAACACAAAGUUGGGUCUGUACUCCAUGCAGUGGCCAGGACCUCAUGAGGUUGUCUGUACUCCAGACAGACCACCUCAUGAGGUGGUCUGUACUCCAUGCAGCGGCCAGGACCUCAUGAGGUGGUCUGUACUCCAGACAGACCAACUCAUGAGGUGGUCUGUACUCCAUGCAGCGGCCUGGACCUCAUGAGGUGGUCUGUACUCCAGACAGACCAACUCAUGAGGUGGUCUGUACUCCAGACAGACCAACUCAUGAGGUGGUCUGUACUCCAUGCAGUGGCCUGGACCUCAUGAGGUGGUCUGUACUCCAGACAGACCAACUCAUGAGGUGGUCUGUACUCCAUGCAGCGGCCGGGAUCUCAUGAGGUGGUCUGUAGCCCGGGGGCCGCCGACCACCCCUGCAGACCCUAACCCCUAACCCUAACCCUAACCCCUGCACACCGGGGUGAUGCUCUUUGACUCGUGACCUGUUGUUCUUGUGGGGGGGGGGCUUUUGUAAUUCAAAUGAAACAAAAAAGGCAGAAAAAAAAACUAACACGGGAGAAAUGUCCUCACUGUGGUGCAGAGCGGGGCUGCCUCUCUUCUUUAUUGACAUUGUUUCUCUUUUUCUUUCUUUCCUUUUAUAUUUCUUUCCCUUUCACUGACUCACCCCAGACAAACUGUGCACUGUUUGACUAACCCUAACCCCAACCCUAUCCCCCCUGGCCCUAUCCCUGACCCUAACCCCCACCCUAACCCUGACCCUAACCCCUAACCCCUAACCUUAACCCUAACCCUAACCCUGACCCUAACCUUAACCCUAAACCCUGAACCCUGAACUUAACCCUAACCCUGACCCCAACCCCAAAUCCUAACCCCUUAUCUUGACCCAAAACCCCUAACCCCUAACCCUGACUCUUUUUUCCCCUAACCCUAACCAUGACCCUAAGCCUAACCCUAACGCUGACCCCCCCUCUGUCCUCCAUCCAUCCUCCUGGUCAGUCGUCCUCGCAACUUCUUACUUUGACUCAUUCCUGUCACUCCCCGCCCCCCCUCCUCACAUACAGACGCAAGCAAACACAGUAUAUCUCUCUAUCUUCCUGUAUUCUAUCGGAUUCUCUCCAUUCGGCUCUCUUGCUUUCUGCCAACCAAAUGUUUUCAAGCUGUUUAUAAAUACGAUUAAACAGAAAAGUGUCUUUCAAUUGCACUGGUUGAACUAC